UGUAAUAUUUCUUCCUAAUAUUGGGAAAUAAUCCAGUUCUCUUCACCAGGUGUGGAUAAAUUCAAAGCUGGGGCAUGCCACCACUGCAACCUCCUUGUGCAAUUCCAUCAACUGAAACCUGCACAGUUAUUCAGUCCUAAGUACUCAGUCACUAGCUCAAUAUUACUGUCAACAUAGCUCUGCUUUCCGACAGUUGUUGCAUUUAGAAGAUAUGGCAAUACACUUCCUGAAGAAACAGUUAUUCAAUAGCAGCUGCGCUAAUGAAAUAAAAAAAACUAAAGUCAUAAAACAAUACAAUGAUUUUACUUUACAUAUAUUCUUAAUGCCAUAUACAAUGGCCCGCGACUUGGUGAUCCACUGUAUGUUACAAAAUAUUACCAUCUGGUGGUGAAAUGUAGUAUUGCACUGUUGCCAGUCAUAAUUCAAGUAGAUGACAAAAGUAAAAACCUCAAUAACUAAGUGGAGAAACAUAACAAAUGCAGAUGCUUUCACACGGGUCAUGUGGGAAGAAUAAAUGGCUUUCCUAUAGGAGAUUUUGGACCAACGUGUUAGACUGUGAUCUCCAACAUCAUCAAAACAUUAAAUGACAUAAUAUCUGUGGUGUUCACGUUUGUCUUUGUGUAUAUAUAUCUCAAUAUCUCUAUAAAUAUUGAACACAAUAGGGCCCUCAAUGGAACCCUGAUGAACACCCUUAGUACCUUAAUCAUCAAUGUCAACACAUAGAUUUUCUUGUUUGAGAAGAAAACAUAUCUUACAUCAGUAGAAACCUAUGGUAGACACCCAGGGCAUUCAGAAACUCUGUGUGUCAGAGUUCAGGAGCAUGGUUGCUCACAAUGUUGUGCUUUUUGUUGUCCGUGAGAUCCAUGCUUUGCCCUUCUCCAUCCACAGGGGACAUGUCUGAGAAGGCCAAAUUGAAGAAACAUAUUGAACAAUAAAUAUUUUCACUCAUAAUGUCAGAUGUGGUAAUAAGACAGUUUAGCCGGAUGCAUACCCACAGCUUUGACCCAGACUUUUUUAAAAAACGGCCAAGGAUAAACAGAGACUAAACUUCAUCACCACCAGUGUUAGCUAACUGGGCUAACGUUACCUGACUAGCGGAACUAACAUUACUCAGACCUGUGUUUGGAUAAUUAGCAAAGCAAACACGUUUCUUUAAAGUUUCAUGAUUUAGAUUAUACCAACAAUUCUGACAGUUUUCGACAGCAUGUAAAUGCAGCAGUGAAAGCGCCAAACGGCAGAGCAGCAGAGGAAAACGUUAGCUCCGGCUGAAGCUGCCAGUUUAACAGCUCGAGUUGCAGUCAGUGCCAUAUUACCAGUUGAAACGGUUUAAGCUAGCUAGGCUAAAGAGCUAACGAGGAUCAUAGCUAUGUUUGGGAAUAAGUCUGCCUGGUUUUCAAGCAGUGUCCCACAGGCAUGUCACAAUUUUUGGAUAUCGGAAAGUGGAACCAUUGCUGGUUGGAGAACAGCCGAUUACCUUUUCAGUAAGGAUGCUACAUGUGCUGAUACUCUCAGGAUAUUUGAGAGCAAAGAUUACCUUUGGAACAAGGUGGCAGUGUUUCACAGCUUGUUUCUGUCCGCCUGUGAGAAGCGCCAGAGUGUGAAGUCUGUGUGCAUUGGUCAUUAUGUGCUGCCUCCAGCCUCAGUACAGGACGAGGUCAGAAACAUGGUUGGGAGGUUGAUUUGGGAGUGUGAAGAGGAGCAAUCACUAGCACAGGGUUCCUGUAAGAGUUUCAGGUGCCAGACAGAAGAUGAGUACAGUGAAGUCAGCAGAAGCGAUUCUGAAGCAUUUCACUCAGACUCGUCAGAAAGUGAAGCCCCUCUAUGUGGUCAUUUGCAAGAUUACCCAGUUAGCAACAUGCUUACAGGUUACGUCAGCAUGGACAACCUGCAGAAAUAUUCAGGCGAUCUGUGUGAUUUCCACCUCGGUUGUUUCCAAUGCUCCAACUGUAAAGCCCACUGCUGCUUGCCGCACACAAAAGCCAACAUGCAAUAAGAGAAAAGCAUCUUAAAGAGGAACAAGAAGCAGUUGUGCUAUUCACUGUCACAAGCUGUAGAUAAUUUACUGGCAAAUAAGUUAUGGUGUUAGUUUAUUAUGUUUGCAUUGCCUACCUGUACUCGUGUAUGUACUGUAUUUUCCACUAAUUGUUUUAUCCCGCUAACAUAGUCCCUACAUUUUCAUAUUGCCCAAUGAAAUUAACCUUCUCUGAAAAAGGUAAUGGGUACAAAUGGGUCCACAUUUGUAAUUACAUCAUUGGUAUGGAAUCUGUCUUACAGUGUGUGCAGUACUGAAUCUUUUAUGGUAUUACAAUGGAGUGAGGAUAGACUUUAGAGGUGCCACAGGAAUUAAACACGUGUAAUCUA